AUGAGGACACUCAAAGUUACCUCACUCCUAACGAUCAUAUUGUCGCCCCUUUGUGCUUCUCACUUCAUCAUUCUAACGCCGCCACCACUGGGGAACAACAUCAACAAUGAAGACCAGUCGCCCUGUGGCGGUUUCAGCCCCUCGAGCUCCGACAACAUCACAGAUUUCCACGUCGGAGGCGACGCCGUCGGUCUGACAAGCCUUCAUGCGCAGUCAUAUUUCGCCUACCGUGCUUUGCUAGGCACGUCGCUAUCGGCACCGAACUGGACGGUCCUGAUUCCAACUGUUGAAGAGUUCGGCCUGAAUAGUUUCUGCCAGCCCGCCCUCACAGUACCGCCUUCCUGGGUGGGAUCGGCUGGGUUGCUCCAAGUCGUCCAGGAUGCGGAAGACGGUGUGCACUACCAGUGCAUGCAUGUGAAUUUUGUCGCGGGGACAGGGACACCGCAAUCGGCCUGCAGCAACUCAUCGGGUGUUUCUGCUCAGUACGCAGAUGAUCCUACCUUCGACACCAUGGAGGGUAUCGGGAGCUCAGCAUCACCUACGCCGUCUUCAUCGCAGCCAUCUUCCUCUGCAACCCAGGCAACAUCGCCAUCCAUGUCCUCUGCUGCCUCUCCCACGAUGAGGUCGAUGGUUGCAGAAGCUGGGCUUUUGGCGGGGGUGCUUGCGGCACUGUUUGCAGCUUGA